GCGACGGCGGACGGACGAUUACGACUUCGAAUACGAGUACCGCGUCGUCAACGACAGAGCAGCGUCAGUGGCACCGGGCGCAACGAGUGUGUCGGUCGUCUGUCGGUCCGGUCCCAAGCAUAGGUCGAACACACGCGUUCGUGGCCAAUCCGGGGGGAGGGGGCCCGUGAGUUACACGCGCCGGUAACGACACUAUACUAUCGCGUUAUUAGCCGUUCGUUUGCUUCACCUGGAAACCGUGCACUUCCACCGGUGUUAUCUCGUUAAUCUCGUAAUUUUCGCCGCCGUUGUUGUUGCACUCGAUUUAACAAUAACAACAAUAAUAAUAACAGUAACAACAAUAAUAAUAAUAACAAUAACAAUAACAGUAAUAAUAUUGACAGUAAUUCUUAUAUUAUUACUAUCAGAUCGUAACGUCGGUCACGCGGUUAAAAGUGUACGUGGUCACGCGUCCACCGAACGAUACACUCCGUAGGUGACGGUCACGCGUCGCACAGACAAACGUUUUUCGCGUGCAACGGCUGCGGAGCCGAUGGAACCCACGGGCACCAAGUCGGCGUCAGAGCCCGCGGCCUCGACGGCCGCGCCGAACGCCAGACGGUUCGAGGACCGAGCCAUCGAGAGCCUGUACCAGAGUUACAAUGCGAAGCAGAAGCGCGCGGCGUUCGCGUGCUACGUGUCCGCGUCCGUGCUGUUCGACGUGUACUGCCUGUCCGUGUACGAUGCCCGGUCACCGUGGACGUGGACGCUGCUGGCCGCCAACGUGACAACGCUGUUGUGGUGCCGGUUGGCCGGUGGCCGGCGUCAGUAUUGGACCGCGGUGGCCCACCUGGCCUGGCUGACGGCCGUCGUCCAGGUGGUGUUCCACAUGGUGGUCAACAAGGCCGAGGGCGCCGACCUGCUCGGCUGGAUACUGCUCUACGAUUACCUGGCGUACGUGUCCUUGCCGCUGACGCUCGCCCUGUGCAUAGCCCUCAGCGCCACCACGUGUUUCACGUACGUGCUCACCAUGGCCCUGCUCGGCGGUCACCACUCGUACCUGGCUCGACAGUUGGCCACGAACAGCGUUCUCCUGUUGGCGUCAAAUUGUUUGGGACUUUUGUCUUAUUUCCUAGCAGACAAGCAACAGCGAACCGCAUUUCUGGAAACACGACAAUGUCUCGAAAUGAAAAUGGUUAUAGAAGAACAAUCGACCGAACAGGAACGACUGUUGUUAUCCGUGUUACCGGAACACGUAGCCGUGAAAAUGCGUCAGGACUUGGGCGAGGCACUGGACAGUCAAUUCAAAAAGAUAUACAUGAGUCGACACGAAAACGUCAGCAUUUUGUACGCCGACAUCGUUGGAUUCACAGCCAUAUCGUCAACGUACUCUGCCUCGGAUCUGGUGAAAAUCCUUAACGAGUUGUUCGCCAGAUUUGACAGACUAUCCGAAAAAUACCAGCAGCUCAGAAUCAAGAUUUUAGGUGAUUGUUACUAUUGCAUAAGCGGUGCUCCUAAGGAACGACCUGAUCAUGCUGUGCUAAGCGUACACAUGGGACUGUCCAUGGUCAAAGCCAUCAAAUACGUACAGCAGACCACGAACUCUCCAGUGGACAUGCGGGUGGGCAUACACACGGGAGCCGUUUUGGCCGGUGUUUUGGGUCAGAGACAAUGGCAAUUCGACGUUUACUCCAAGGACGUAGAGUUGGCUAACAAAAUGGAAAGCAGCGGAAUGCCAGGACGAGUACAUAUAUCCGAAAAAACGUUGAGUUUCUUGAAUGGAGAAUUUGAAGUGGAGCCCGGUUAUGGAGAACGGCGUGAAGAAGCGCUCAAGAUGGCCAGUAUAAAAACAUUUUUCAUCAUCAAAACCAUCAAACCGUUCAAAAUGGAAGUACAAAACGGAUCUUUAAACGAUCAGAUUAGUACCAGCAAAGAAUCAGUGUGUGCAACACCGAUUGAUGAAGCCGACUUAAUUGCUCAGGCCAAGGAGGAUUCCGAGAACUUCAAGAAACGACUGAGAAAAGAUUUGAUGAAUAGAGACGGUCACAGAGAUCUGAACAAACACACAAAGUUUUUCACUUUGUCAUUCAACGACGAAGCAAAAGAACGCGAAUACAAAUACCACAAAGAAGCGGCGUCCGGCGUGUCUCUAAUAGGCUGUCCUUUAGUUCUCUUUUUGACGUCUUCCGCACAAAUCAUCAUGUUACCCAGAGACAUAUUAAGCUACAUGUCCAGUUGUUUUGCAUUAGUAUUACUAUUGAUUAUCGUAAUAGUAUCAGUCGCCGACAUUUUCCCAAGAAUUCUGCCGUCGAAAGUUGUAUGGUUCAGCGAGACCAUCAACGAUUCUUUGUGGAUACGCCGUAUACUCGGUAUCACUGCCGCGUUAUUACUAGCGUCAACUAAUCUCGUAGGACUGGUAUCGUGCUGGUCCGACAGUCAAAUACUAACGAACUGCACACACGGCCAAAGCGAUCCUUCGAUUUACUGCAUGUACCCGUCGUACUUCACGUACUUCAUGGUUCUGGCAUUGAUAGCCACGUCCAUGUUGACUCAACUGUCGCACUUCACCAAAGCAACCAUAUUGUUCGUCAUCACUCUGAUACACUGCAUCGUCAACACGGUCACUGUGGGCGCUGCCAUUGACUGCGAGGACUCGAUAAUUUACAAGCCGUUCAAAGUUUUACCGUCAAAGUACGCCCUAUCGUUUCUUCUCAUAGCUGUAACAAUGGCGCUCGUGUUUUUGGCCAGAAACAUGGAUAAAUCGUCGCGGGUUCUUUAUUUAUGGCGGACGGAAGUGGAAGAGCAGAGAGAAAGGGCUUCAGACAUCCGAAGAAGAAACGAAGCAUUGGUGUAUAAUAUUUUACCACCUCAUGUGGCCAAACAUUUCCUGGGGAGUUAUAAACGUCAGCACGAAGAGCUGUACAGCCAAAGUUAUGCCGAAGUCGGAGUUUUGUUCGCGUCGAUGCCAAACUUUUCAGAUUUCUAUUCGGAGGAGACGGUUAACAAUCAAGGACUAGAAUGUUUAAGAUUUCUAAACGAAGUCAUAUCUGAUUUUGACGCGCUUCUGGAACAACCACGUUAUCAAGAUAUUAUUAAGAUUAAAACAAUUGGCUCGACUUAUAUGGCUGCUAGUGGACUAAACCCUUCACGUGUUGUGAAGCCCGAAGAUUCCAUUGAAGUUAGAUGGGCACAUCUUGCUUUACUUGUCGAUUUUGCUUUUGAUUUGAAAAAAGCACUUCAAGGCAUAAAUGAACAAAGUUUUAAUCACUUCGUGUUAAAAAUGGGAAUUAAUCAUGGACCGAUCACAGCCGGCGUUAUUGGCGCAAGAAAACCUCAUUAUGAUAUUUGGGGUAAUUCUGUAAACGUAGCGUCAAGAAUGGAGAGCACUGGAAAGGCAGGAUGCAUACAAGUGACGGAAGAGACGUGCACCAUUUUGCAGCACUUCGGGUUCAAGUUCGAGCAGCGCGGUCUGGUCGCGGUCAAGGGAAAAGGACAGCUGAUGACUUACUACUUGGUGGGCAAAGGACUUCAGCCCAGCCAAGCACCGCCGCCGAUCAUGGAGACAUUGCCGGAAGUCGAGGAAGAGGACACGGACGAGUGCCUAGUGGUCAGACAGGCGCUAUUGCCGCGGGCCGACUAUCAGAACGGGUCCGCGGCUUCUGGUUGAUAAUGCGAGCAUGCGUACGCCCCCCAUAUAGGUACCUGAUCGAGCACAGACAAAUAAUAUGCAGACGACGCCUCCCCCGAACAUAUUUAUUGUAACGGUAAUAUUAUAAUAUUACGACGACAAUAAUAAUAAAAAUAAAUACAAUAUCAAUGAAAUAACUUAAUAUUAUAUAGUUGACGUUUAUGCAACGAAAAUAUUGCAAUAUUAAAUUCCUGUCCUCCACCCCAACCAGAGAAAACCUCACGCUCCCUCACCCUCCCGCUACGCACGUGCGCCAAAAACAAUAUACGUGUAUUAUAUUUAAAAUGUAUAUUACUAUUAUUAUUAUUAUUUUUACUAUUAUUUUUACUUGUAUUAUCAUAGCGGUAAUGUAUGUUAUAAACUGUUGUUAUGUUUUUUUUUUCUCUUCAUCUUCUUAAUACAUACAUACAUACAUACAUAUAUAUAUAUAUAUAUAAUUUCACAGAGUAUAUGAAAUUUCAUACAUUCUUUGAUAAUAUCAUGCCUAUAUUGCGAUAUGUCUGCGUGAAAUAAGCUUAUUAACCGUUAUGUUAAGUCUUCUUGUCCGGCGGUUUUUCGCUUUUUGUUUUUAUAUUUUCGUUUUUAUUUACACGGCCGUCGACGAUUAACUCGCUAAAAGGAUCGUAUUAAAUCCCUAUACAUGUCAUCAAUUUAUAUUAAGUAAUAUUGUUUGUUCAUAUUGAACACGAAAACGUCGUACGAAUGCACAGCAUAACGUUUAAAUACACAUGUUGUGAUACCACUGUUCAAAACUAUUUUUAUUUAUUUAUUUUUAAUUCAUUUUUUCCUUUUUUUGUAUAUAAAUAUAACAUAAUUAUAAU